CGCUCAAUAACUUCAAGCAAAGGAUCUACUCUCUCUUUACAAAACAAUCAUCAACUAGGAAAUCAGGCUUUUCCUUAUAUAACACUUCCCAUCCCCUUCCGUUCCCUACCAAUUCCCCCAAACAGCUUGAAGAUUACACGAGGAAGAAGAUGAGGUCUGUUAUACUAACCAUCUUACUGCCCCUGCUAAUUCUAGUAACAGCAGAACCAGAGGGGGCAUAUCCAGAGAAGGAAUGGUGCAUAGCUGAUGAACAGACACCAAAUGAUGUUUUACAGCAAGCACUUGAUUGGGCUUGUGGUUUCGGGGGCGCUGACUGCAACUUGAUCCAACCCAACAAACCCUGCUACCUUCCUAAUACUGUAAGGGACCAUGCAUCCUAUGCCUUCAAUAGCUAUUGGCAGAAAUUCAAAAACAAAGGAGCUUCUUGCUACUUCAAUUCUGCAGCAAUGGUCACUGAUCUAGACCCAAGCCAUGGCCCAUGCCGGUUUGAGACACUUUCCUGAUGCAGAUAACAGCAACAUGCUGUGAAAUAUCUUUGUUAAUUUGUCCAGACGUAUUUGUUCAGCCAUAAGAAGUUCAAUUUAUCUUCCAGUUUAAAUCUUUGUCCAAGGAAGAGCAUAAACAGGAGGAUCUGCAGAUUUUUCUUUCCUACGUUAGAGUUUGGAUGUACGUCCUGUGUAUUCUUAUCCUGAAAUUAGAUGGUUUGAGCCCUUU